CCGCCCCGACACCGCGUCCGGGCGUUCCGGGCGCCGCUCCCUCCCUCCCCGCCCCGCCAUGGCCUUCGCCGGGCGCCGCGAUGUGCCCGAGCCGCCAGACUUCGGUAUCCUGAAGCGGCUGGCGCGGGACCAGCUCAUCUACCUGCUAGAACAGCUCCCCGGGAAGAAGGACCUGUUCAUCGAGCCCGACCUGAUGAGCCCCCUCGACCGCAUCGCCAACGUCUCCAUCCUGAAGCAGCACGAAGUGGAUAAACUGUACAAGGCGGAGACCCGACCCCCCCUCAGCGCCAGUGACCAGUUCUGCUUCCUCGUGCGCCCGCGGGUCCGGACCAUGCGGUACAUCGCUGAUAUUGUCAACGCUGACAAGAUGUCAGGGAGGACUAGGAAGUACAAGAUCAUCUUCAGCCCCCAAAAGUUUUAUGCUUGUGAGAUGGUGCUGGAGGAGGAGGGAGUGUUUGGCGAUGUCACCUGUGACGAAUGGUCCUUCUACCUGCUCCCCUUGGAUGAAGACAUCAUCAGCAUGGAGCUGCCCGAGUUCUUCCGUGACUACUUCUUGGAGGGAGAUCACCGCUGGAUCACCUCGGUCGCUCGAGCCCUGCAGUUGCUGAACUCCCUGUAUGGACCCUUUGGCAGAGCCUAUGGGAUGGCAGUGUGCCAAGGUAUGAUGAGCCACGAGCUGUGGCGGGAGCUGGAGGAGGACGGUGAGAACGAUGGGCAGGGCAGGAAGCCCGAGAUCAGCAAUGUCUUCCUCAUGGACAGAGACACGGACUACGUGACAGCGCUGUGCUCCCAGGUGGUCUACGAGGGGCUGGUGGAUGACACCUUCCGCAUCAAGUGUGGGAGCGUGGAUUUUGGGCCAGAUGUCACCUCUUCGGACAAGAGCAUCAAGGUGCUCCUUAAUGCCCAGGACAAGGUCUUCAACCAGAUUCGGAACGAGCACUUCUCCAGUGUGUUUGGCUUCCUGAGCCAGAAGUCACGUAACCUGCAGGCACAGUACGAUAGGCGCCGGGGCAUGGACAUCAAACAGAUGAAGAACUUUGUCUCCCAGGAACUGAAGGGACUGAAGCAAGAGCAUCGUCUGCUGAGCCUGCAUAUUGGUGCCUGUGAGUCCAUCAUGAAGAAGAAAACCAAGCAGGACUUCCAGGAGAUGAUCAAGGCUGAACACUCUUUGCUGGAGGGCUUCGACAUCCGCGAGAGCACCAGCUUCAUCGAGGAGCACAUCGACCGCCAGGUCUCCCCGAUCGAGAGCCUGCGCCUGAUGUGCCUGCUGUCCAUCACGGAGAACGGCCUCGUCCCCAAGGAUUACCGCUCCCUCAAAACCCAGUACCUGCAGAGCUACGGGCCCGAGCACCUCCUGACCUUCCACAACCUGAAGCGCGUGGGGCUGCUGACGGAGCAGUCGGCUGGAGAGACCUUGACGGCCGUGGAGAGCAGAGUCAGCAAGCUGGUGACAGACCGGGCUGCUGGGAAGAUCACCGAUGCCUUUAGCUCUUUAGCGAGGAAGAGCAAUUUCCGAGCCAUAAGCAAGAAGCUGGGGUUGAUCCCCCGGGUGGACGGGGAAUACAACCUGAAGGUGCCCCCGGACAUGGCGUACGUCUUCAGCGGGGCCUACAUCCCCCUGAGCUGCAAAAUCAUCGAGCAGGUGCUGGAGCGCAGAGGCUGGCUGGGCCUGGAGGAGGUGGUGCGUCUGCUCAAUGGCAACGAGUUUUCUGUCUCAGACAGCACCGGGGAGGAGACCCCCCCUGGGGAGUCCCAGCGCAUCGUCCUCGCCAUCUUCCUGGGGGGCUGUACCUUCUCCGAAAUUGCUGCCCUGCGGUUCCUGGGGAAGGAGAGAGGGUUGAAGUUCAUCUUCCUGACCACAGCCAUCACCAACAGCGCUCGCAUGCUGGAGGCCAUGAUCGAGGCCAAGGCGUGAGGGUGGGGGGUUCGGGGGGGCCGAGCCCACCCCUGCGCCCCGCUUGUGAUAAUAAAUGU